AUGUUGCAAUUGGCCAACAAUGUGCUCAUGUGGGUCCGAUUGUCCGCAGCGUCUUUCAUAGAGCCUUGCUACUCGCGGGACCGCGCCUGCCUGUUGCGCUCCGCCCAACGCGCCGUGGCGGUGGUGGCGGGCGGCGUGCCAGCGCUAGGCAUGCAGCCGUUGGACCCCAUGCACGUGGCGCGCGUGGACGCGGGGCAGGCGGGGCUGACCAUGCAGUUCACCAACACCAUAGUCAAGGGGCUGCGAAACUGCCGUGUGGCUGACAUCGCGCGCAGAAGCAGCUACGAAACCUCUCUUACCCUGUCUUGCCACGUGGAGCUGGUCGGCGACUACUCGCUGGGGGGGAAGCUGCUAAUGCUGCCCAUUCAGGGACAGGGCAGAUACAAGAUUAGACUACAGGAGAUCCAGGUGACGGUGACGAUGCAGGUGGGUGAGCGGGUGGCGGGCGGCGAGCGGUACUGGACGGUCAGAAGCUGGCAGCACAACGCGGAUGCCACCCAGCGCGUCCUGUACCAGUUCCAGAACCUGUUCCAGGGCAACAAGGACAUGUCUGACGCUGUCCACAAGUUCGCCAAUGAGAACUGGCACCGAAUUUUCCAAGAGGUAGCCCCGCCCAUCGUGAAGGCGAUCAUCACGCAAAUCGUCGCCGAGAUAACGAAGCUCUUCGAAAGGGUUCCCAUCAGACAACUCGCCCUGGAUUGAAAAUAAAAAAAACGCAAAUUUAUGACACUAUGUAUAUCAUCACAGAAUUAACAGCAUACAGAAUCCGUAUACACGACUAAUA